CGGUGCCGAGCUCACUCGUGCACUGCGAAGCUACACUUACCACUGCAACCACUGAUCACAGAGCUAGAGGUUCACUUAGGCGAAGCUUAAUUACACAGAGCGCCCAUGGCGUCGAGGCAGGACAGGAGGGAGGCGCGGGCCGAGGCCGACGCGCGGCGCGCGGCGGAGGAGAUCGCGCGGGCGCGGGACGAGCGCGUCAUGCAGGCGGAGGUGGACGCCCGGUCGGCCGCGGACGAGAUCGCCCGCGCCCGCGCCGACCGCGGCGCCGCCACGAUGGGCGCCGACACCGCCCACCACGCCGCCGGCGGCGGCGGCAUCCUGGAGAGCGUGCAGGAGGGCGCCAAGUCGUUCGUGAGCGCCGUCGGGCGCACGUUCGGCGGCGCGAGGGACACCGCCGCGGAGAAGACCUCCCAGACGGCGGACGCCACCCGGGACAAGCUCGGCGAGUACAAGGACUACACCGCCGACAAGGCCCGCGAGACCAACGACAGCGUCGCGCGGAAGACGAACGAGACGGCGGACGCCUCCCGUGACAAGCUCGGCGAGUACAAGGACUACACCGCCGACAAGACCCGGGAGACCAAGGACGCCGUGGCGCAGAAGGCGAGCGACGCCUCCGAGGCGACCAAGAACAAGCUGGGCGAGUACAAGGACGCGCUGGCCAGGAAGACGCGCGACGCCAAGGACACCACCGCGCAGAAGGCGACGGAGUUCAAGGACGGCGUGAAGGCGACGGCGCAGGAGACGAGGGACGCCACCGCCGACACGGCGAGGAAGGCCAAGGACGCCACCAAGGACACCACCCAGACCGCCGCCGACAAGGCCAGGGAGACGGCCGCCACCCACGACGACGCCACCGACAAGGGGCAAGGGCAGGGCCUGCUCGGGGCGCUGGGGAACGUGACGGGGGCGAUCAAGGAGAAGCUGACGGUGAGCCCGGCGGCGACGCAGGAGCAUCUGGGCGGCGGCGAGGAGCGCGCGGUGAAGGAGCGCGCGGCGGAGAAGGCGGCGUCGGUGUACUUCGAGGAGAAGGACCGGCUGACGAGGGAGCGCGCGGCGGAGCGGGUGGACAAGUGCGUGGAGAAGUGCGUCGAGGGGUGCCCCGACGCCACCUGCGCCCACCGCCACGGCAAGAUGUGAUCCCCCAUGAGCGCGGUGGACGACUAAUAAAAAAAACUCCCAGCAUGUUAACCUUUGUGUUUCAAGUUUCACUAGCUGCUUUUAUUUUGCUUUCGUUAAGUUUCCACUACCGUGUAUGUUCCUUCUGGUAAUCUAAGUGCAGUGGUGCUGAAAUCUUUAUAAAGCCCUUCAGUUUACCGCUUACCA